AUGCCUCGCAAGGCUAGUGGCUACAGCAGGGAGGUUGCCUGUGCGCCGAUCGAUUUUUCUCGCUCUGCCAAGCUUUACCCAGUGCUCUCUAUCGGCAGCAAGCAGGGCAGCAAUGAGACCUCCGCGGUCGCAUGCGUGGCGCCGCCGCUGCCAGACCGCGCGCCAGGCCCGCUAGUGUUGCUGGCCAUUUUGCGAGGCGCGACAGCGCCAUCGCUGGCGAUGUUGGCGGACCUCUCCUGCCCCCACCUGUUGCUGGACCGCUGCCAGACUGGUCUCAGAAUGCAAGGCCUGAUGUCUCGGAUGCCUGGGCUUUUUUUUCCCGGCGUGCCCGCGCCAGAGCCAGCGAUCGUUUCAGCUGAGUCCGAGUCGAUUCCUGAUUCUAAUAAGGUUGAGCCCUGGGGCGCCACGAAGGAUCUGCUCGAAAGCUACUCGCGCGCCCAUGUCAUUUCGUGCCUGGGGCACCGUUUGAGAGGCGCUGACGCGGAGGCUGCCAGCUCUCGGUGCUUCGAGAGAGGCUGGAAACCGUAUUGGACAGAUGCUGCGACCACGGUAGCUGGCGAUGCCUCAGCUGGAGUUGCAACGUCUGUAAAAUCACGGCCAGGCUUGCAGAGCAUGGAAGGGGGG